AUGGCCGUUGAUCAACUAGAACCGCAAGCCACCGAAAUAGUUCAGCGUGAUCAGGAUCCCGCGCAGGAUCAACAAGUUUGGAAUCCAAUAGACACGAAAAUAUUCGAUGUAUUUCUCAAUAAUGAAUCAUUUAAUGAUCUUCACUUACUGGAUAUAUUUUCAAACGAGGUGAGGGUUAAGCAGAUGGAAAUGAUCCCGAAUAAUUCCGAUUCAAACAAAAGGACAGAUGAUUCGUCGUAUUACCAAUAUGCGGAUAACAUAAAUAAUAAUGGUAACAGAAUAAAACGUGAAGAAGAUAACAUCGAAAACAUGCAAGGUAGUAGCGAGGAGGAGGUUGAGUUGUUUAACUCUGGGAUAGGGAAACAAUCCCCAAAUCUACAGAAUGUAAUUUCUAAGAAGAGAUCUCAACAUUUACACAGGACUCCAUCUAUGUUAUCACAUUUAUCUUCAUUGAAGAUUGAAGAUAUCAAUAAAUCUCCAGAGUAUACUCAACUUACUCCACAUACGGCCUAUAAAGAAGGUAAUGAUAAAUGGACCCCUGAUGUGGAAGCAGCAUUUAUGGAUGCAUUAAGACUUAUAAUGAAAAACGGAACUUCCAAAAUAAAGAUUAGAGACAGAAAUUUUGGGAGAAAUGAAUUAAUCUCUUUGUACAUCCAAUUCCAUACACGCGAGAUUAGAACUAAGAAACAAGUAUCAUCGCAUAUUCAAGUGCUGAAGAAGACAAUACAGAAUAAGAGAAUAAAUAAGCAAUCAUUAACCACUGAUGACCAUGAAAUAUUAUCAUUAAUUGAAAAUGGUGCGGUUAAAGAUCCUAACAAACUGGAUUAUUUCUAUUCUACAUUUGAAAAUAUUAUUGAUAACGCAACUUUAGAAAGCUCUGACGUCAAUUCAACUUCUUCAAGUAUAAAGAAUAAUUUGAUGACUCCCAUGAGUGCAAAUAAUUUAGCACAAAAUGCAUAUAAACAAGACUCUCAAAAUGAUGAUUUCCAACAUCCAGGGGGCUCACAUCCGAUGACACCUUUGGAUUAUGCACAAUCCAUUUAUCAAAAUUUGACAUCUUACAAAUGUGUUCCUGUAAAACUUGAAGCUGAAAAUUAUCUUGCGUACUCAAGAGACGCGAAUGAAUUAAAUAUGGACGCGAAUGAACUAAGGACUAGGUCUAAUGACUCACAGGUAAGAAUAGCGAGAAAUCCUAACAAUAGAAGUAAUGACAGUCCUCGAUCGUCAUAUCCUACCAGAGUAUCACCUUCUACAGAAUCUCCCAUUAAGCAAUGGGCUCGUCAUGUAGAACUUCAACAGAGGCAGCUUAUUGAGAAUGCACAAAACCAACUAAAUCCCAAUACUUAUUAUACAAACCCAUAUUCGAAGGCAUACAGUCCCGCUCAAGGAUCAUCCGUACCAUAUCAACCCUCGGCCCCAGCACAAUCAUGUCAAACGCCGUCAAUAAUGUAUUAUAACCUUCCAUACCAACCACCGACAGCACAACAGCUUCCUUAUCAACGUACACCGGUAUAUCCAAAACACCAAUAUAUUCCUUCAAAUGAAACGAUACAACAGAGCCAAAAUGCCCAACAACAAUACCAGCAUCCACCUUUCAAUAUUCAACCAGAUCCCUAUUACUCCCAACAGCUACAACAACAGCAUCAAUAUUCAAAUGUCGAGUAUGAUACAGAGAUUGAAAUGUACCCAUAUUAUCCUGCAUCAGGUACAAGACCGACCUUCGAGCACCAAUCUCCAUCAUCUUCUCGGUCAGCGUCAUUUCAAAGAUACCAAUGA